GAAAUUUCGCGGACAUAAUUACACGACGGCUUGCUUUGGUGGGAUCGCAGUGUAAUUGCGCUAGAUUCCCUAGAACGGACCGACACUCUAUCCCCAGGAGGAUACAAGAUAUUCAACGCGGCCACGCCGUUUUUUUUUUUUAUCGAUCUGCUCACGCGGCACUCAGAUCUUGCAGCGCCUCCCAAGCCUCCCCGAGCUCAUCGCGACAGACCUUAUAACCCCGCUGAAGCUUCACACGACAAAAUGCCGACCUCGCUGGCGGACAUCGUCGCCGCCCUGCCGGACGGCGAUGGUUGGGGCCCGGAGACCACGUCCGAGACCACACUGAACGGAGUUCCUUAUGCUCCCUUCUCCAAGGGUGACAAGCUGGGUCGCAUGGCCGACUGGACUGCCGAUGGCAAGGAUGGCAGGGACGGUCGCGGUGGCAGGCAACAGUUCAACAGGAACUACAGAGAUCAACAAGUCUACGGUGCCGGCGUUGCCUCGAUAUUCGCGGCCCCCCAGGCCGAGGACGAAUCCACAUUCUCCGUCGUUAGCAACGUCCGCGACAGCGCAAAGACAAGAUUUGGUCGUGGCGCCGUCUUCACUCGUGGCCGGGGCCAGCGGGGCGCACGGGGCGACGGCCGCGCCGGCCGCGCCCAGCUCUCGCGCGGAGGGCGUGGGGGCGGACAAUACGGCGGCGGCGGCGGCGGCGGCGGUUACGACGGCGGCAGGGGCGGUCGGAAUAACGCGGGCGGUCGAGGUGGCCGACGCUUCGGCUGGAAGGAUUACGACAAGCCGGCCCGGAACCGGGACGCCUCCAUCAACGUCAAGGCCGACUGGACGCUGCUCGAGGAGAUCGACUUCAACCGCCUGGCCAAGCUCAACCUGGACGCGGACGAGGGCGAGGAUAUCAACUCGUACGGCUUCCUGUACUCGUACGACCGCUCCUACGAUAAGCCCGCAGUCAAGGCGGCCGAGCGCAGGCUCGUCCCGCUCGAUCGCGCCGCAUACAACGUCACCACCUCGUCCGACCCCAUCAUCCAGGAGCUCGCCGAGAAGGACGAGGCCACCAUCUUUGCCACCGACAGCACGCUCUCCAUGCUCAUGUGCGCCACGCGCUCCGUGUACCCAUGGGACAUCGUCAUCGUUCGGCAGGGCAACAAGAUCUUCCUGGACAAGCGCGAUAACGCCGCGCUCGACAUGGUCACCGUCAACGAGAACGCAGCCGACGCACCGCUCGAGGCGUCCGAGGGCAGCAAGGACACCCUCAACCAGCCUCAAGCAUUGGCAGAGGAGGCCACGUACAUCAACCACAACUUUGUUAACCAGGUUGUCGUCGAGUCCGAUGCCCAAAAGGUCGAGAUGGACAACGAGAACCCCUUCUACAACGCGGCCGAGGAGACGGAGCCGCCGGCGUCCAAGGCCUACAAGUACAGGAAGUUCGACCUCUCUACAAACGAGGAGGCCCCAGUGUACCUGGUCGUCCGGACGGAACUGGACGCCGUGCAGAAGAAUGCGACGAAUGGCGAGGACCAGUUCCUGACUGUCAGGGCACUCAACGAGUUCGACAACAAGGCUCAGGGAUCCGGUGGCGCACUCGAUUGGCGUAGCAAACUGGUCAGCCAGCGUGGUGCUGUCGUGGCGACCGAGAUGAAGAACAACAGCUGCAAGCUGGCCAGGUGGACCGUUCAGAGCAUCCUCGCCAAGGCGGAUGUCAUGAAGCUUGGAUUCGUUUCGAGGGCUUCACCAAAGUCCAACGACAAGCACAUCAUCCUGGGUGUGAUCGGCUGGAAGCCCAGGGACUUUGCCAACCAGAUGAACUUGUCACUGUCCAACGGAUGGGGUAUUGUCCGCACCAUUGUCGACAUGUGUCUCAAGCGGGAGGACGGAAAGUUCAUCCUCGUCAAGGACCCCAACAAGUCUAUCCUUCGUCUGUACGAAGUCCCGGCCAGCAGCCUGGACGAGGACGGUGAGGACCAGGGCGACAUUGAGGAGGUUGAGGAGGAGUAAAUAUUUACCGUACAAGGGCGUGUGAGGAGGGAAAACAGCAACCAUUUGAUUUGGCAUCGGUCUGCGUUGGGAGACUUAGGUAAACAAAAGAGGGGUACAUCGCAGUGUUGGUGCUUUUCGAUCAGCGAUAUCAAAAGGAGGGACGAAAUGGCCCUCGUAGGCAGUCAGGGGCUUGCAGGUUGGGUGUCUCGGAGGACUGUGUUAAUGCACGGUGCUAAUCAUUAUUUCCACAUUAGCAUAAAGAGUGGGGCGGCGUGGACUGAAGUGACGGCUACGCGUCGGAAUUCAGCGUUGGGCAUGAUCUUCUCCAAUUUUCUUCCUCUCCAAUUUUCUUCCUCAAGCACUCUUGAGCCUUUACCCUUCAUCUCAACCAUGCUGCGUCGAUGGAAGCCG